CAAAAGCGUGAAGCAACUUCAAGUGAGAUUUCGAAGGGGCGCUAAACAUUGCUUCGCUCAAGCAUUGGGGAGGCAUUGGGGUCCUGGCCGUGUGCCAUCAUAUCUCCUGUGGGCAUCAAGUGUCUAAGACCUCACUCUGCAUUCAAGGGCAUCUCAUGUGUUCCGCAUGACCACAAUGAUGGCAUUCUCAACAAGUACUCCGUUCUUAGUGACGCCAGCAUACUCAGAACGGAGUACUCUCUGCACCACCACAUCUUGCUCUUCUGCAAAUAAGCUGGUUCUCAAUCCAGCACAUCCUCACUCACAGGGUCGCCACAUUGUCCAGGUCAGAGGUGGAGGGCGUGCCGACCAAACGCUAGGUCGUAAGGUACGCCGAUUACGGGAUCAGAAGAAGUGCGCAGCAUUCUGUGGGUUGACGGUCAGAAAAGAGCUGCUUGGGGGCGAUGGACCGGCGUUGGCAGGCGGCGUGCAACCGCUAAAAGGCAAGAGACAUGGCCGCCGACCAGAAACCCAAACCUGCCGCGCCUCUGCAUACCCGUCAGCCCCCGCGCGGCGACCUUACACCGCCGUACUUAUCAUACCAACCGGCGUCGGUGCGGCGAUUGGCGGGUUUGCAGGGGAUGCUCUCCCAGUGGCCCGCACCGUCUCCUCUGUUGUGGACUGCCUGAUCACGCAUCCGAAUGUUUUAAACGGCGCCAUGCUCUACUGGCCCCUUCCGAACACGCUCUACGUCGAGGGCUUUGGUCUCGACGCCUUUGCCCGUGGCGAUUGGGCCCUCCGGCCUGUGCACCAGAACCGGAUUGGUAUCAUUCUCGACUCUGCAAUCGAGCCCGACCUACGUCUCCGUCACAUGCAAGUCGCGGAUGCCGCGCAAGCGACUCUCGGGCUCGACAUUGGCGGGGUCGCCGUUACGGAUUCCCCUCUCGGGGUGGAAAAGUGGAUCGAUAAUGAGACGGGAAAGUCGACCGGGCGGCUUUGGAACCCGGACGGGUUAUUGGACGCGGUUAAGUACUUGGUUGACGAGUGUGGGGCGGAGGCAAUUGCAGUUGUUGGGCGGUUUCCGGACGAUGCGGAAGAGGAGCUUGUGGAUUAUAGACAGGGGCAGGGCGUAGAUGCGUUGGCAGGUGUCGAGGCCGUGAUCAGCCACAUGGUGGUGGAGCGGUUCGGCAUCCCGUGCGCGCACGCGCCCGCGCUCGCGCCGCUUAGCCUGCAAGAGGUCUCGCCGCGGUCGGCCGCAGAGGAGAUUGGUUACACUUUCUUCCCAUGUGUGCUCGCCGGCCUCUCUCGUGCGCCCCAAUUUGUUCCCCGGGGCAGCCCAGUUAGUGUCCAAAACGGCCCGGUUAACCACCAAAACGGCCCCGUUCGCCAAGACGACGGCCGGGGAGUGGCCGGGGCAGUGCUCGGGGAAGACGUGGACGCUGUGAUUGUGCCUGCGGACGCCUGUGGAGGGGUCGGGACACUAGCAUUUUCGAGGGGGGUGUUAGGAAAGAAGCCGCCGCUGAUCAUAGCGGUGGGCGAAAACGAGACGGUGCUGGAAGACACCCCGGGGCGAGUGGGACUUAACGCGAUCCACGUGGCCAACUAUUGGGAGGCCGUGGGUGUGCUGGCCGCACACAAAGCUGGUGUGCGGCCCGACGCACUUCGAAAAGACGGUACUCUGACCCUGUCUGCUGUUGAGCUAAAACCGAAAGAUUUAGAAACGAAGCGGCGGCUAAAAGGAGCCGAGGGAGCCAGACAAGCACAGAAUGAGCCGCCACUUGGAAACGAUUUGAUGCAUUCCGUGUUGAACCGGCUGCUUGAAAAGGAAGCCCCAACAAGUACACCGGGUUCGUGGAAAUUAACCGGGGACUGAGGAUACGCGUCUAGUAUAGGUGUUGAUAUUCACCAUUCAUGCACUGCUUAAGCACGCCAUUCAUUGCCGCGGGCUUCUCGUGCCCGACCCCCACGUUCACAUUAUAAGACACUUGGUGGGGCUGACGCCCUCAAACACUCGCCUCUUCUUCGAUCAAACGCUUCUUCUCAGAAUGAUAUCACAAUGUUCAUGUUCGUUCCGAUCAAGCAAGGCAGCCUGUUAGAAGUCACGUCACGAGUCAUUGUUCGGAGUUCACACUAGUUUGAGUCACUGAGUCACAAGGCUAGGCUCUAAACUGCUCUCUACCGUCCAAGGACCGAUUUGACGAGCUCCCCGGAUAGCCUAUGCAAAAUCAAGGUUUUUACUUUGAG